AUGGACAAAACUGGGCCAGUGGUGCACGCGAAUGCUAAAUGCUUUUCAAGGAUGAAGAAACUGAGACUUCUCAAUCUUGCUAAUGUGAACCUCUCUAAUGAUCUUGAAUAUCUCUCCGAUAAUUUACGAAGUCUUGAAUGGGCUGGGUAUCCUUCAAAAUAUUUCCCCUCACAUUUCAAUCCAGGGAACCUACUAGAACUUAACAUGUGCCAUAGUCACAUUGAAUCUUUUUGGAUGGGUGUUAAGCUUUUAUACAAUUUGAAAAUCAUUAAGCUCAGCCACUCUUUGAUGCAGGAAGUCCCUAUUACUCAAGACCUAUUUCAAUUUGUUGUUCCUGGAAAUGGAAUUCCCAAGUGCCAGAGUAUAUUGCAUGUACCUGUGUUGAUCACGCAGGUGUUCCGCAGUGGUUUGCCUGUACCUGCAGUAAGGUUAUUAUGUAGGUGUCUAGCCAGUGAAUUGCCUGUACCUGCUUUUGUAGGUGUUCGGCCAGUGUAUUCCCUGUACUUGCUUAUGGGGUGUCUGGAACAAUAUGUUGGGGAAGUCCCUAUUACUCAAGACCUAUUUCAAUUUGUUGUUCCUGGAAAUGGAAUUCCCAAGUGGUUCAAUCAUAAAUCUGUUGUGAAAAUACCUGUAGGAUGUCUAUAUAUGCCUAGAGAAGGUUAA